CUCCUGGCCGCUUUCUAUUGGCGUGUGUGAUGAUAACUUCACUGCAGCGGUGUGUUACUACUGAGAUAACAAGACACAUGCUGCUUACAGAGUACAGACAGAGCAGAGGCGAUGCGGAAGAGCUGUCAUGGGUCCGAGAUCACUGCUCAAAGACAUCUGAAUGAGACAACAUGAGUGAAAGUGUGUUUGUGUGUUUCUCAAACACUAGAUCGGAUUUACAGGAAUCAGCUGACCCGAGCGUUUAGUUACUUUACAGUUGUUUACCGUUCCACAUGGCUAUGACAGGCCUGUAGUCAAACUCAGGAUGGAUGAUCUGUCGGUUAAUAUUUCCAUCUUCGGCAGCAGGGAUGGAUCUGACCCCCCGUCCGCCCCACCCAGCAUGUCAAUCGACAAACUCCUCCCAGCCCUGCUUGAAUGUUUUGGGAUAAUUCUCUGCGGAUAUGUGGCAGGCCGUGCAAACAUCAUCCCAUCUACACAAGCCAAAGGACUGGGCAGCUUUGUGUCCAAGUUUGCUCUUCCAGCCUUGCUGUUCAAAAACAUGGUGCUGCUGGACUUUGGGGACGUAAUCUGGCCGUUUUUCUUUAGUAUUCUGGUGGCAAAAGUGACUGUGUUCUUUUUUGUGUGUAUACUCACACUUUUAGUGGCAAACCGAGAGAGCCGUUUCUCCAAAGCUGGCCUGUUCUCGAUAUUUGCCACACAGAGUAAUGACUUUGCUCUGGGGUUCCCUAUAGUUGAAGCUCUGUACCGCAACACCCAUCCGGAGUACCUUCAGUACAUCUACCUGGUUGCUCCCGUCUCCCUCAUGGUCCUAAACCCGCUAGGCUUCGCGUUCUGUGAGGUGCAGAGGUGGAGGGCUGGAGAACCUCACCAGCAGAGUAAGCUGAAAGUGCUGGGUUUGGUGGUCCUUCAAGUUGUCAAGAACCCCAUUGUCUUUAUGGUGGUGAUCGGGCUCGUUUCUCACUUUGUGCUGGGCCAGAAGAUCCCGCCCUUCAUGGAGGAGUUUGUAGAUGGUCUGGCGAACUCAUUCGGGGGAGCAGCACUGUUUUAUCUGGGUCUGUCCAUGGUGGGUCAGCUGAAAAAACUUACCCGCUCUACUGUGGUGGCCCUUAUUCUCCUCAUCACCGCAAAACUGCUGGUGAUGCCUCUGAUCUGUCGAGGGAUGGUUGAGCUUUUGGACUGUGGAAACAGAAGCUCACUGAACCACACCAGUUUGUCAAACUACGCCUUUCUAUAUGGAGUCUUCCCCACUGCCCCUAGUGUGGCCAUAUACGCAUCACACUACAACAUGGAGCUGGAGGUGGUGGCCUCAGGUAUGGUGAUCGGCACGUUUCUCUCUGCUCCCAUCAUGUACGUGUCUGCCUGGCUGCUGACCAUUCCUUGGAUGGAUCCGGCGCCGCUAGCAUCAGCGCUACAGAACGUGAGCUUCAACAUCAGCAUUAUCAGCCUCUUUGCACUGGUGUGGAGUGUUGCGGUCAUGCUACUGAGCAGAAAGUUUCACAGAAUUCCUCAUAUUUUCACCAUAAACCUCUUUGUGGCACAGUUAUUGGCCUGUGUUGGUAUGAUAGCGUGGAACUUCGUGGCAGCACAGAAGAACUUCCUGGGUCAGGUGUUGACCUUUACUCUACUGUACAGUUCUCUCUACAGCACCUAUAUCUGGCCUGGUCUGAUCGCUCUGUCUCUGCUCCUCAUGAGGAGAAGUGAGGAGGUGGACUUCAGGCCAGGGCUCACUGUGAUCACUGGCUGGGGUUUGCCUGUUGUGGCUGUGAGUGUCCUUCUCCUGUCAGGGGAAAGAAUGCCAGACACUAUUGACUCUGCAUUCUUUUAUGGAAAGACGCAGGUGAUUUUCUCAUCUGUGGUGUUAUUGGCGAGUAUCAUGCUGUGUGGAAUCUCUCUCACACUACUCAGCAGACGCUCGCAAUCCUAUCACACUCUUGAGCGUGGGUCACUCUCUGGCAGUGAGGAGGAUGUGAGGCUUCCCUACGACACAGACACGCAGAGCUCUAUUGAGCAGCCCUGUGCUAUCGGCAGCAUCAACACAGAGUGUCAGUUGUGUGAGUGUGCAUGUGGUCGUAAGGAGACCAUGCCUGACAUUACAAGCCCCAAAGAGGAAGUGUCCACACAAACAGGUCAAUGUGGCCAGCAGUGUACAUCCACAAGCUGUUUGCUGGCUGAAGAGGAACAGAAAGAGGUGGAGAGACAGAAAACAGAUAUACAGUCGACUAGACACGUGCUGGUGUGUCUGUUACUGACCGUCGGUCUCCUCGCUAAUCUCUCCAGCUGUCUGUGGUGGCUCUUUAAUAAAGAUCCAGGACAGCUGUAUUUGGAGCUGCAGUUUUUUUGUGUUGUGGUCAAUUUCGGGCAGGGUCUCAUUUCAUUCGCAUUUUUUGGCCUUGACAAGUAUUUAGUUAUUUCUCCGUUCAAAAAAAGGUUAGCAAGGCUGUGGCAGGGUUGGGGUCAAGAGGUCACAGCGUCUGAGGAGAUCAGACUGACCUGCAGUCAGUUCCUCACAUAUCAUAAGCAGCAGUGCGUCAGAGACAUUGUUCACAAGAAAAGGUGCGGAGAGAGGAGCACCACAGAGACGUUUCUGGGCAGUGACAUGGUUCGCUGGCUGCAAAGCGUGGGAUUGGCCGGUGACCAGGGCGAGGCGCUAGCAUACGGCUCACGUCUGCUGGAAGGCGGAGUCAUUCAGCACAUCAGCCUUGAGCACGGCUUCCAGGAUGAAGCUUUGCACUACCGCUUCAGAUAGAAGAGCCAGAUCGCUUCGAAGGCUGAUGACGGACAGUGGUUCAAGCACUUUAGCCAAUGACACAGCGCACAUUCAAGUGAAUCAUUUGUUCUACUGAUACUAACAGCAAUAACCAGAUGUGACAGUAGUUGGUUAGAAUGAGGUCUUGAACAAUUUACCUACCUCACACAUACAGGAUGGCAAAGGGGAGAUUGUAAACGAACUCAACAUUUCAGAGCUAAACAGGGAGUGUUGAAGAAUUGUCAGCAACCAAAUCCUGCUGAUCUGACUUUAUUUCCCUAGAUAAUAACAGAAUAUCUAUAACAGAAUUUUAAUUUAUUUAUUUUUUGCAGUAAUUUAAUCAGGUUUAAAAGCAAUAUUGCAGUUCUGGUUAAGUUAUAUAUAUAUAUAUAUAUGACCUUUUUUUUUUUUUUUUUUUUACAUUUUGUAUUGUGGCAGAAUCCCUGGCAGACAUGUAUUUAUUUUUAAUAUAACCUGUACUGAGAUAUAGCCCAUGUCAUAACUAGCCCACAUCUUGGUUUUGCAAAUAAUUCUGUUUUAUUCAAAUGAAUUUAAUUCCAAAUGAUUUAUUACCUUGAUAGGAAAUGCUUGUGUUUAAUUUCACAGCCACAUGAGGGCGACAGACAGUUUUUGUUUUCGUCUUGAUCACACAGAACAAGUGAAGUCAUUAAAGGGAUAGCUCGCCCAAAAAUAAAUUCUGCCA